AUUUUUACUCAGUUAAAUUGCAGUAUCCAAUUUGAUACAAAUAAUGCUUCGUCGUCUCAUCGCUUUAAUUCUCUUUACUUCAUUAGCAAAUGCUGUUCAAAGAUUCAUAAAAAUCGACCCGUCAACGGUUGUUCCUGGUUCUGGAGGUAAAUAUGGUGGAGAAAGUGGCUUAGUCCAGUAUUCAUAUGGGCAACUGGAUCCAAUGGGAAGAGUCAUAAAAUUAAAGCGGUACACAAUGAAUAAUGAUCCUUACGUUACGGUGGUUAAGACGAAACCUAUUCGUAUGAGGACACUUUUCGGAGGAUUAGGUGGUGCAGUAGGCGGUGGACUUAGCGCUGGAAUAAGUGCAGGAGCAGGUCUAGGUGGUUAUGGAGGAAUGGGCAUGGGAGGAAUGGGCAUGGGAGGAAUGGGUAUGGGUGGCAUGGGUAUGGGUGGAAUGGGAUCAAUGGGAAUGGAAGCAGGAAUGGGUAUGGGGGGCAGCAUGGGGGGUAUGGGAGGAAUGUUUAUGGGAUAAUAGAUGUCAAGCAAUUACUAAAAAAUGUGUCAUACGACAUAUUGUUUAGAUAAUAAAUGUAUACGAAUUACCUAUAGUUUUUGUUUCUGUAAUAACAUAAAAGUUACCAAAUAAAUUGUGAUUAUGAA